CUUCACCACGAGCAGACUGCGACUCAAGCCGGGACUAUUACAGUGAUCUCUCAACAGAAGUGGGCGCUGCCGCCUGGGUGUACGAAUUGCUCCUGGAGUCAUGGAAUGAUGUGGCCUCGUCUGGCGGACUUGUCUUGAUCAUAAUGGCCCAGGUCGCAACAGUCAGCUUUGGCGCCGAGCUCAAGGACGGCUACAAGCCUGUCGACAAUUGGGUCAGUCUCGGCAUAAACUGGCUUACCGAGAUCCAAGAAUUCUACCAAGAGCGUUCGGCCAUCGAGAAGGAAUACAGUCAGAAGUUGACUGCAUUGGCAAAGAAAUACUAUGACAAGAAAUCAAAGAGGUCCAGCAACCUGAGCGUGGGAGACAACCCUGCUCUUACACCAGGUUCGCUGGAAGCAGCCUCUCUGACCACCUGGACAACACAACUCUCUACACUGGAAGCCCGGGCGAACGAACAUGCGAAGCUUGCGCAAGACCUGAUAAGUCAGGUUGCGACGCCUUUGGAAUACAACGCCCGAAAACUUGAAGAGCUGAGGAAGAGCCAUGCCGAGUACAACAAUAAACUGGUCAAGGAACGGGAUUCAUCUUACGGCGAGUUGAAGAAGCUGAAGACAAAAUACGACACGGUCUGUCAAGAGGUCGAGAACAAGAGAAGGAAAACCGAGUCAGGCUUCGACAAGUCCAAGGCCCAGAAUGCAUACAAUCAGCAACUGGCGGAAAUGCACAAUGUCAAGAACACUUAUCUGAUUGGGAUCAACGUCACAAACAAGCUGAAGGAAUGCUACUACCAUGAAUACAUCCCGGAACUUCUGGACUCUUUGCAGGAUCUGAACGAAACAAGAGUGGCCAAAUUGAACUCCUUAUGGCUGGUCGCUGUAUCCCUCGAGACAAAUACUCUGAAACGAAGCAUCGACCAUCUGUCGCAUUUGUCAUCAGAGAUACCGAGAAACAACCCGAGUCUGGACAGCAACAUGUUCGUUCGUCACAAUGCCGUCCAGUGGCAGGAACCGUCCGACAUGGUGUUUGAGCCGUCACCGGUCUGGCUGGAUGCUGACAAUAUGAUGACGGACGAAACGUCGAAAAUCUUCCUACGCAACAUUCUCCAGAAAAGCAAACCCUUGGUCAACCAGCUCAAGGCGGAAUCUACACAGAAGCGACGGGAUCUCGAAAACGUGAAGAAGGCUCGCCAGAACAUUCGGGAAGGGAAGGACAAGCGGGAUGAAGUCUUGUGUGUAGUCUCGCAGUUCAACGUUCAGGAAGAACUGCAUGCCAUCGACCGGAAACGAUUGACGGCCGAAGUUGAGACCUCAACAAUCACGUCGGUGGUUGGAGAUCUGAGCAUGUACGGCAAAAGUCACACAUUCAAAUCGGAAACAUUCAAGAUCCCCACAAAUUGCGAUCUCUGUGGGGAUCGGAUAUGGGGUCUCAGUGCGAAGGGGUUCAUUUGCACUGACUGUGGAUUUACAUGUCAUAGUAAAUGCCAUAUGAAAGUGCCAGCCGACUGCCCCGGCGAACAGACGAAGGAAGAGAAGAAGAAACUCAAAACAGAGCGCCAAGCUGCUGCAUUGGUGGCUGCUGAAGCGCCCGCGUCGAAUGGCGUGAGUUCCCACCCGCCAUUGACGAGACAGGAUACAAUGAGUAGCCUUUCGUCUGGCUACGCUGCAAGCGCAACACGGUCUGUGUCUGGAACUAUCCCCAGGUCGACUGGGGAGGAAAUCAGCUCUCCGUUGACCACCAUCACUUCAAACUCGGCCUCAACCUCCGGACCGAGACGGAACCGAGUAGUGGCGCCGCCGCCAACGACUUAUGUGAGCGCAGCCGCAGAGUCAGGCGCGAACGGCACUGGCCAGAAACGGGGCAAAAUGUUGUAUGCCUACGAGGCGAGAGACCGAGGCGAGAUAUCGUUACCGGAAGGCGCAGAGAUCAAGAUUGUCGAACCAGACGAUGGUGGAUGGACCAAAGUCCAUGCUGGUCUCGGCAAGGAGGGCCUGGUGCCCACAGCAUACCUCGAAGAACUACCGACUCCGGCAGGUACACCGGCAACCGAACGACCGCCGUCAUUGUAUUCCAACUCUAGUGCGUCUCUGGCGUCUUCAAGCAUGGCCGGCGCGGGCAAGAAAAAGCAAGGUCCUGUCGUUGCGCCCAAACGCGGCGCGAAGAAGGUGAAAUAUGUCGAGGCGUUGUAUCCCUACACGGCCCAGAGCGAGGCCGAGUUCGACAUGGCUGAAGGUGAAAAAUUCAUUUUGAUCAGCAUGGGCACCGGUGAUGGCUGGGCAGACGUUGAGAAAAACGGCGAGACGAGGAGUGUCCCUGCAAACUACAUCCAAGAAGUUUAGAAAUAUUUGAGCGAGCAUUCCGGUAUCUUGCUACAGCGGGACAGCUUUUGAGGUUUGUACACCUAUUGCAUAGAACAAUGAUUAUGAAGAAAAAAGGCAGGAGUAUUCAG